ACGUCCUUCACGAGAUCUAAAACACCCCAACUUACCAAAAACACACACAAAAGUAAUUAUUACGGAGCCAACGAGGACAUUAUUGUCAUUCCAGAUCAUCCAACUGGUACGGUUACUAUGAAAAACUUGACCAGCGAUGAACCCGAGACCAUUGCGCCGAGCUCUAUUCUGCUCCAUUGCCAUCAUCACCAUGUGACCCUUCUCUCUCUCUCUCUCUCUCUCUGUACUCUGAAAAAUUCAGUUUUUUUUUUUUUUAAUUCUUUUUUUGUUCUUAAUGAUUUGUUAUGACUCUGUUGGAUUCAAACCAAACCCACACGAGAGAAUGAUGAGAAAGUAAGUAGAUCAACGAUUUUGUUCCAAAUGUUUUGAUGAAACUAAAAAAAGAUCCAUUCAAAUCAACGACUCUUUCUCUACAUUUCUCCCAAAUCUCUCUAAAGCAAUGUCGCAUGACAUAACGAGACCGAACAACAAGACGAAGAAGAAGACAGGUUUCAUCGUGAAAAUGCAGCUUAACAACAACAACAACAGAGGAGGAAAUAAAAGAAACAUCUUUGUCUUCUUCUUCUUCUUCAGAAAUUAUUACACAUGGAUCCUCUGGUUUCUCCUCUCUUUCUAUCUCUUCACAUCUUACUUCUCCGGAGAAGACCAAUCCUCAUCUCCCUCAACAAUACGUCUCUUGUCUAACCAUAAAACGUCGUCGUCUCUCCCUUCUCGUGCUCUCAUCGAAUCUUCCGCCAUUACCACCACCUCCAUUGGUAUAAAAAUCGAUCCUUUACCUCUUCUCUGUUUUGAUUCCACUCAAAAAUUGAUUUUUUUUUUUUUUCCUUUUCUGAUUAAAGAUAUGUUCAGCGGGAUGAAGAUAUAUGUAUACAAUUUACCGGCCAGUUAUAACGACGAUUGGGUUAAGUCAUCAGAACGAUGCGCCACUCAUCUUUUCGCAGCAGAGGUAGCGAUUCACCGAGCGCUUCUCUCAUCCGUCGUCCGUACGUUAGACCCGGAAGAAGCUGAUUACUUCUUCGUCCCUGUCUACGUUUCUUGCAAUUUCUCAACAUCCAACGGCUUCCCUUCUUUAAGCCACGCUCGAUCUCUCAUCAGCUCAGCCGUUGAUCUCAUCUCUGUUCGUUACCCGUUUUGGAACCGGACUCAAGGCUCUGAUCAUGUCUUUGUUGCUUCUCAUGACUUUGGUGCUUGCUUCCACGCUAUGGAGGACAUGGCGAUUGAGGAAGGGAUACCAGAGUUUAUGAAGAAGUCAAUAAUAUUACAAACGUUUGGAGUUAAUUAUAAGCAUCCAUGUCAAGAAGUGGAGCAUGUUGUAAUCCCGCCUUAUAUUCCGCCGGAGAGUGUUGAGAGAGCUUUAGAAAGAGCUCCGGCGAACGGACGGCGAGACAUUUGGGCGUUUUUCCGGGGGAAGAUGGAAGUCAACCCUAAGAAUAUUAGCGGACGCUUUUACAGCAAGGGAGUGAGAACGGCGAUUCUAAAGAAAUACGGAGGAAGAAGACGGUUUCAUCUAAACCGGCACCGGUUUGUUGGGUACCGGUCAGAAAUCGUGAGGUCGGUGUUUUGUCUCUGUCCUCUAGGGUGGGCACCAUGGAGUCCGAGGCUAGUGGAAUCCGCGGUGUUAGGGUGCGUUCCCGUUGUGAUAGCUGACGGGAUCAAGCUACCGUUCUCGGAUACGGUACAGUGGCCGGAGAUAUCACUCACGGUGGCGGAGAAAGACGUGAAGAAUCUACGGAAGAUUUUGGAACACGUGGCGAUGACUAAUUUGUCUGCCAUACAGCGGAACCUACACGAGCCGGAGAUCAAACGGGCCCUAUUGUACAACGUCCCGAUGAAGGAAGGAGACGCCACGUGGCGUGUCCUCGAGGCGUUGCGGAGAAAGCUUGGUGAUCGGUCGUACAGAAGGUCAAGGGUAUUGAGCCAAUGAGAUGUAGACACGUAAGAUUCUUUGUCUGAAUGGGAAUUGGAUGCUAGGCUGGAUUGUUUUCGGACUGUUUCGGAAUCGGUAAACCGGGAAUGUCUCGUGUGGGUGUCCACAACGUGAGGUGGGGUUUAUAGCUCGGACACGUGAGAUGUUUGCUGAGCUGGCUGGCCGAGCACUGAGUGGAUUAGAACGUGGAAGUGUAAAGUAUUGCUGACGUGUAAUUCUUUUGAUGAGUAGGCAUAUAUUAAUUCUUUUCUGAAUAUAAAUCGAGAUCCAAAUUCAUUAGUUU